AUAGCACCUGAAAAUUGCUACACAAUGCUGCAUCCUAUCUUUCUCAACUUGAUUUAUUAUCCCUUGCAGAAGGCAGAGGGAUAUAGAUGUGGUGUUGUCCGUCUUACUGUUUGUCCAUCAGUGUAUGAAUGAGUACAUGCAUUCGUCCAUUCUUCUGAAACAAAAAACUGAAAAUUCCAAUAACCACGUGCACUGUCUGCUCCAUUCAUAUAAUUUUAAUAAGUCUGAUUGCAAGUUUUUCUGAUCAUCUCUUGAAUUACCCAAAGUAUAAAUUUUACUGUUGUCAGCAAAAUGUAUACAAAAACAUUUUAAAUAGUCUGGCGUAUCAUUCAUAUAGAUAAUACAAACAAACUGGUCCAAGGACUGAGCCAUAAGGAAUUCCAGAGUUAAUAUUUUUCCAAAGGCGCUUAUGUUCAGUGAGAAAAUCAUGUAUCCAUUCAUUGUGAUAUUAUACCAUCAAAUCCAUAACUUUGAAGCUUAAGUCUGUUUAUGUUCUGAAACUCAUGUGAGUGAUCUAGGACAGUCAUGACCCUCUCUUGUUUAAUAUAUCUACUUGUUCAAAAGUUUUUCAACAUAGAAAUUCACCAGGAUUCCUUGAGCAUUAAUUGCUGCUAAUUACAAAGCCUCUACUUUAAAUAUCAAAAUGUUCUUGCUUAGUUUUCUGAUUGCUAAGUUGACUAAGUCUGUGUGUAUGGAACUUGGCAAUGAAAUGUAUAUAAAUAUGUAACACCCUUCACACCCCAAGCACAUGCGUAAGUGAUACCCCUUAAACCACAUGUUAAUUGGUUAUCAUUUGUUUUGAGUUAAAUUUGGAAUUAAAUAGGGAAUUGAUCCUACCAAAUUUUGUCGCGAAGCACUGAAAAUCGGGAUCGAUCCCUCUAAGGUAACGUGCGAUAUAUACUGAAUGUAAUAUACUAUCGAAUUAAAAAAUGUGUCCUUCCGGCACUUGCACAGAGCGUCUGACUUCGGAUUUUUUGGAAGAAUAUGCCUUUUCCUUGUGCGUAAUAAGGGUCCACAUAACUUCCCUUAGGAAAAAGGAAGGCAGUAAAACUGUAGUUUUUCAGAAUUAUAUUUCUGAGCAUUCAAAAUGCAGUUUUUAGCUCUAAUUUGUCUUCAAAUGCCUGCAUUAACAUAUUUAAUAGAAAGCAGUGAAAAAGCAGUGAAAAUAUAGUGAAAAAGCAGUUAAAUUGGCCAAAAUAUGUAAAUGAGCUAAGAAGUAUAAUGAUGUCACAAAAAACUGCAACAGGACUGCAGGAUCAGUUUUAUGCAGUUUAAUGUAAUCACAAAAUACUGCAAAAAUACUACAAUUCUUGCUUUAACCAUUUAAAUGACAUCACGAAAAAACUGCAGAAGAACUUGCAUGAACUUGUCCAAGGGGAGUAAUUCAUUCUAAUUACUUUCUUUUGAAUAUUAAACUGUCUGUGAUGAUUAACCAGCCAUAAAAUGUACAAUGAGCUGACUUUCUAUUCAAAUACAAAACCUCAGAUUCAUUUAUACAUGUUAUGAACUGGUUUGUCCUUAAUCUUGUAAAUCCUUUGAAUUUGCACAUUUACCAGUUUCCACGAAAUGACUAUAAAUCCAAUCAGUCUGUGCAUGAGUUUCACACUUUAAUCCUGCCUUAUUAGUUAACUCCAUUAAAACAGUUGUUAUCAAUUAUUUAACUAUUUGUGCAUCAUUUUGUGUUAAACAUUGUUUUUGAGCAGUUAUAAUCCAUUUUACCUUUCACAUGCUUUAGUUUGAACUGCGAGCCGCCAUCUUUCACACUGCAUUAUGGGACAUCAGGAAGCAGUAUUUAGCAGUUUUUAAAACUACUGUUCAUAAAAGAUUCUAAAAAUACUGCUCUUUGAAAAUAACUACAUUCUAACUGCCUGUAAAACUGCUUUUUGCGAAAACAUUUACAAAAACUUCAAAAUAACUACAGAAAACUGGCCACCACCAGUUUUUCAAUCCUCCAGUUAUAUGCAGUUUCUAAAAAAAUUGCUUUUUACUAGUCAUUUCAUGCUGGAAACAGUUUUAUUAACUGGCAAAGAAGGCAGUUUUUCCGAAAAACUGCUGUUUCACUGCAAAAAGACUGCAAAAUUGAGCAGUUUUUUUUUCCCUAAGGGUUGUCCGAACCGCAAUGUUUUGCACAUCAGUACAGGUUAGAGAAUGUCAAUUGUUUUCCCAUAGACUUACAUUGUGACAUUAUGGCGUGUACGGUCUUCCAUACAUCGAAACAUGUAUAUCUAAUUACAAGUUUUUCAAGAACUAUCUUAGUUCUACCAAAAUAUGGGACGAAAAACAUAUGAAUAGUGAUACUUUAUUUAAGUAAUUUUUGUGUGAAUGAGAUGACCCCCUGUUUACAUCAUUGACGUGGCGGGAGAAAUUCAUUUGAUACAACUUUUUUUCAAUACACAUAAAAUGUAGCAAAUUUUGUCGAAAUGUAUAAUAAAAUACUGUAAAUGCAGUGAAAAAAUAUCAGUUUUGAAAAAAUAAUCACUUCCUGGGUUUGUUUACAUGACUGACCAAUCAGAACGCACAGACGUUACCUUAUUUCCAGGUAUACACUUACCUCAUUCCCAGUAAGUUCCCGGUACUUUUUUGAAUUGGUGGUCUCUGACCUACAAAUAUGGGCAGUAUUGUAUUUUUAUUCCAAAAUCUAUCUUUAAAUUGAUACAAACACUUAUUUCUGGGCAAGGUGAUGGACUGUAACGAUUCCCGAUUGAGACCGUGCCUUAUUUCAUAUUAGUAAGCUCUGGUUAUGUGGAAAAUGGCACACCUAAUGGCAUAUAAUGUCUUAUCAAAAUCUACAACACAUGAUUUCUUAAUUGCUGAAUGAAUAUUGAGAAGAGAUCUAGACUGCUCUCAGUAUGAUGUUUAAUGUUUAGUCGUAUUCUCUGAGUAAAUGUUUACAUUAUCUAAAACUUGAUUGUUGUUGAUUUCCAAAGUGGAUUCUUUUUUCCUUAUUUGCAGUUGAUUUCUUAUUCAUUUUUGCUAAGUUAGCAUGUUACACCAACUGGCUUCAUAUGGUUUGAAGAAAAAUUUGAAGAAAAAUUUGAAGAAUAGAUUGUUUAAAAUAUAUGAAAUAAACAAUAAUUUAGUACCAUACAACCUGUGAAAAAAUAUAUUGAUGAUGACAAGGAUAUUUGCAUAGUAUCAGAUUCGUAUUUGGCAUUUCAGUAAAAUAAAUUAUCACAAAAUUAAUUGAAUUAUGUCUGAGAAUAUGGAAGAUUCGGGCAUUGUUCAGGAGAUGAACAAUUUCGGUUUAAAUACAGAAGUCCUGCAACAGAUAUUUGAUGCAAAAAGAGGAGAUCCAAACAAGUUUCAGAGUUUCUGGGAAAUGGACGAGGAGGACAUUGAUGAAGAAAGCAUGGAAGAAAUACAAAAAAAUCCAGCGAAAAAGAUUUUAUGGGCAGCAGAAAACAAUAAACAGGAGAUGGUGAAAGAAUUGCUGAAUUCCGACAGUGGACUGGUGGGAAGCAGGGAUGCUGAUGGCUAUACUCCACUACAUCGAGCUGCUUAUAAUGGCCAUACAGACAUGGUUAUACUGCUGCUUGAAAAUGAGGCAGAUAUUAAUGCAAAAACAGGGGAUGGUUGGUGUCCGAUACACAGCGCUUCCAGGUGGAACCAAGCCGACGUUCUUUCUAUACUGCUUCAGUUUGGUGCAAAUAUAAAUGCUCAAACAAAUAGUGGACAGACUGCUUUACAUAUUGCUUCCUCUGACAGGGAGUGUAGACAGUGUUUAGAAAUGCUCCUUUGGGAUAAAAAUACUGAUACCAGUCUAAGAAAUAGUCUCAAUGAAACGGCUUAUGAUAUAUGUCAGCGAACAAGUGAGAACUGUCUCCUGUUUGAAACGAAAGAGGACAGUGUGAAAAAGUUAAAACAAGAUAGUUAAUUAUAGCUUUAUUUAAGGCCUUUUUAUGCCCCCGAAGGGAGGCAUAUAGUUUUUGAACCGUCUGUCGGUCUGUCCGCAAUUUUCGUGUCCGGUCCAUAUCUUUGUCAUUGAUGGAUGGAUUUUCAAAUAACUUGGCAUGAAUGUGUACCACAGUAAGAUGAUGUGUCACGCGCAAGACCCAGGUCCGUAGCUCAAAGGUCAAGGUCACACUUAGACGUUAAAGGUCAUAUUUCAUGUAGUGCAUUCGUGUCCGGUCCAUAUCUUUGUCAUCCAUGGAUGGAUUUUCAAAUAACUUGGCAUGAAUGUGUACAACAGUAAGACGAUGUGUCGCGCACAAGAACCAGGUCCGUAGCUCAAAGGUCAAGGUCACACUUAGACGUUAAAUGUCAGUUUUCAUGAUAGUGCAUUCGUGUCCGGUCCAUAUCUUUGUCAUCCAUGGAUGGAUUUUCAAAUAACUUGGCAUGAAUGUGUACCACAGUAAGACGACGUGUCAUGCGCAAGACCCAGGUCCGUAUCUCAAAGGUCAAGGUCACACUUAGACGUUAGGGGUCAUAUUUCAUGAUAGUGCGUUGAUGGGCGUGUCCGGUCCAUAUCUUCGUCAUUCAUGCAUGGAUUUUAAAAUUAUUGGGCAUGAAUGUGCACCACAGUAAGACGACAUGUCGCGCGCAAGACCCAGGUUCGUAGGUCAAAGGUCCUAAACUCUAACAUCGGCCAUAACUAUUCUUUCAAAGUGCCAUCAGGGGCAUGUGUCAUCCUAUGGAGACAGCUCUUGUUAUAUCUUUGCUUAGAUACGUAUUUUUACGCCUGCACCAUUAAGAAACGAGAGGCACAUUGUGGUUAACCCUGUCCCUGUAUAUGUCAAGAACAGUUACUGUGUUGUGCAUUUUUAUGCCCCCGAAGGGAGGCAUAUAGUUUUUGAACCGUCUGUCCGUCUGUCGGUCUGUCAGUCUGUCUGCAAUUUUCGUGUCCAGUCCAUAUCUUUGUCAUCGAUGGAUGGAUUUUCAAAUAACUUGGCAUGAAUGUGUACCACAGUAAGACGACGUGUCGCGCGCAAGACCCAGGUCCAUAGCUCAAAGGUCAAGGUCACACUUAGACAUUAAAGGACAGUGCAUUGAUGGGCGUGUCCGGUCCAUGUCUUUGUCAUCGAUGGAUGGAUUUUCAAAUAACUU